AAUUUUCCACAACAAUAACAAAGAGAGCAGUUGAGACCUCGGAGAAGAAACGAAAAGGAACUGAACGUGAAACUACGAGCUAAACGGUCCAGAAACUUCUUCCGGGAAGAACUGUAUUUAUAUCUUAUAUCUCACGGCAAAUAAUCUACCUCAACCACUUGAACUGAUCUGUUUUUGUUCUUGAAGUCAACCCUCUUCCUGUUUACAUUACUUUUUGCCGCAGGGCCUGUUUUUGCACAAUCAACAAGAGCUAUGGCUGAACUUCAUCAGGUGUUCCUCGGCUGAGAAGGAGUAACUAAUGCACUUUAGCACCUUUACCAAGAUCUCAGUGAGCGGCUCCCGCAGCUGAUGACCAAAGAGCAAGGCCCUCACCCACUUCCAGCAGGACUCUCCAGCCUCACGCCUCUGCCCCAGACAACACCAUGUUCCAGAGGUUCACCAGCGUCUUGUUUGGAGACAGUGGAUGUCCUGUGGAUCCAGACUUCAAUGAGAAAGAGGAGGAGGAUGAGUGGAUUCUGGUCGAUUAUCUAGCGAAGGCCUGUUCCGGUGCGUGUGGAGAUGAUCUGGUGGAGGUGUGCUCUGACGAUGUCGCUCCCCUGGACUCCCCCGUGCGCUGCCCUUCCUGCUCCUCUCUGGAUUCAGUGGCAGACACUGAUGCAGAGGAUGGCGACUUCUUACGUCUAGAGGCGACAUGUGGGCUAGAAGAAAGCUGGUUCAUCACUCCUCCGCCGUGUUUCAUGGCUGGAGGCAGAGCUCCGGUCCUGCUGGAGACCAGUCCUCUGGAGAACCUACUGAUUGAGCAUCCCAGCAUGUCCGUGUACGCCGUUCAAAGCCCUCGUCAACGACCUGCCAAGGACAGCACCCAUGAGCCAUCCAUUUUAAGAUCUGAUGUUCAGCGCCGGCCCAGUCACCCUUCUGGCUGCUACACAGCUGCUCUUGUUGCUGCUCACGCCGGGUUUCUGGAGCAGACCAAGAACAGCCGCUUGGCACAGCGCAUCCGUGACAAGGUGGAGCGCCAGCAGCUGUCUCGCAAUGCCCUCCGUCGCCUCAACCUGCUGCGCGACGGAGGAGCCAGACAGGCCAAAGCCACUGGAGGCUAUAUUCACCAGCCGGGACAGAGGCAGUACAACUACUGAGGCAGUCCCCACUUCUCUCCCCUGUACGCUACCCCUUCCACACUGGGAGAACUGGUCUUUCGCCAGAAGGAAUGGAGUCCUUUAGAAUCAAUGCCAUAGGUCACUUUACUUCACGGCAGGUUCCACUCGACCUGAAUGUGUCUGCAUCGUGUUUCCUUUAUAAGCUAUAUCUUAUAGGUUCUGUUUUAUGUUAUGUGUCUUGAAGGUUGAAUAACCAAGUAUUUUGUUAUAGUGAGCAUGAUGUUGUAGUGCUCUGUUUGAGCAUUUGUAGGCAGCUUGGCACUUUCAAUGCCUUUAACUUGUCUCUGCUUU